AUGAAGACCCCAUCAGACGUCUCUGCAGAACUAACAGGUCACAGUGAUGAAAAUAUAGACACAGGAGCACAUAGAGAACUUGUACAGAAUAUUCAGCCAUCAGAUGUCUCUGCAAAUGACAUUAAUACUGACGUAGAUGUUAAAACAGAAGAUCUGAGUGUAACGUGUCAGCUGGAAGCUCCAAUGCAGGAAAUGUGUGACAGUGACAAUGAAGAUGACAUUAAUACUGACGUAGAUGUUAAAACAGAAGAUCUGAGUGUAACGUGUCAGCUGGAAGCUCCAAUGCAGGAAAUGUGUGACAGUGACAAUGAAGAUGACAUUAAUACUGAUGUAGAUGUUAAAACAGAAGAUCUGAGUGUAACGUGUCAGCUGGAAGCUCCAAUGCAGGAAAUGUGUGACAGUGACAAUGAAGUUGAAAAUGAUGCUAAGAUCUCAUGUAACACGGAACAAACAAAAGAUCAGUGGCUAAGAAAUAUAACAGAAGCUGCAGAGCAGGAAAUAUGUGACAAUAUAGGUACAGGUGAAAAUGUUGCUAAGAUUUCAUGCAACACAGAACAAACAGAAGAUCAGUGGCUAAGAAAUAUGCCAGAACCACCAGAGCAGGAAAUAUGUGACAAUAUAGGUGAAUUCACAAACUGCAAUAAUCCUAGUCAUGAUCAGAGUGCAGAUUGUGGGAAAUGUUUUCUUAAGAAAUCACAUCUUUUUAAACAUCUACAAAUUUAUACUGGAGGAAAAGGAUUUUCAUGUUCUGGCUGUGGAAAAUGUUUUACUAAGAAAUCAAAUCUUAUUACGCAUCAAAAAAUUCAUACAGGGGAGAAACCAUUUUCAUGUUCUGACUGCGGAAAAUGUUUUGCUCUGAAAUCAUAUCUUAUUACGCAUCAGAAAAUUCAUACAGGAGAGAAAAGAUUUUCAUGUUCAGACUGUGGGAAAUGUUUUACUCUGAAACUAACUCUUAUUAGGCAUCAGAAAAUUCAUACAGGGGAGAAAGGAUUUUCAUGCUCUGACUGUGGGAAAUGUUUUACUCAGAAAUCAAAUCUUAUUACGCAUCAGAAAAUUCAUACAGGAGAGAAAGGAUUUUCGUGUUCUGACUGCGGAAAAUGUUUUACUAAGAAAUCAAAUCUUCUUAUGCAUCAUAAAACUCAUACAGGAGAAAAGAUUUUCAUGCUCUGACUGCGGAAAAUGUUUUGCUCUGAAAUCAUAUCUUAUUACGCAUCAGAAAAUUCAUACAGGAGAGAAAAGAUUUUCAUGUUCAGACUGUGGGAAAUGUUUUACUCUGAAACUAACUCUUAUUAGGCAUCAGA